CGACACCUUAGAAAACACUUUGCAUUGACACAGCAGCGUUCUUUGCAUCAAAAAUCAUUGGAAGAUCGUCACAGGUCAGUCCAUAAGACGCCAUCGAAGUUGAGACAACAUUAUCGGCCUGGCCCUGGUCAGAAAUGAGUGGCGAUUUGCAAAUCUGGGCGCUGCCACGACUUCAACGAUUGCUUCCCAUCGACGAUGAGUCGCUCAAGGAAGUUGUCACAUACACCUCGACUCUUUCGAAAGAAGCAAGCGCUGAUCAUCUGAAAAAUCUGCUGGGUGACUCUCCGCAAGCUUUGGAAUUCAUUUCGUCUUUCAAUGCCCGAAGACGAAACGUGACACAUGAUCGGAAGUCCCAAGAGCACCGUUCAACAGCGACAGCAGAUGAAGAUGGCUUCCCUGGCCAGAAGAAGCGCGCGACCAGGAAGCCAAAACCUCCGCUGCAUUCUGCUGGCCCUGGACGACUUCCUGAAGGCUAUGGUAAUGUGUCCGGCGGAUACACCAAGCAAUAUGACAUAGACGAUUAUCGCCCAGCAGGUCAACGACCUAUGUCCAGAGAGCAAACUGCGCCUCCACGGUCGCAGACCCCUGAUGCACAUCAAGUGCCUCAGACUUCUAAUAUCGUGGCGUCUGCGUCGUCAAGCGAUAACUCUCCGGCCAAAAAGACACCAAAACUGCCACCUUCUGCCUCUGGUAAUUUGAUUUCUGAUUUCGGUUUUGCGAAUGUCCGUUCGAAGCAGUCGAAGAAAGCAGCAUAUGCGUCACAUUCACAACCUCAAUCCGGAACAUCGACACCCCAGAGAGCAACGGCAACCACCACCACAACAGCAAAUGUGGCCGAUUUGACUGCUGCAAUUGCAGCCUUAGAAGUGUCUACGAAUCCCACCCUAUCGAACCAGAGGAGAAAGUGUACGUGCAAUGCUUCGAUACAUCCACUCUUUGAGACUGCGCCCAAUUGUCUAAAUUGCGGAAAGAUUAUCUGUGCUCUAGAAGGACUCCAGCCGUGCUCGUUCUGCGAUGCACCAAUCUUGACCAAGGAACAGGUCGAUAGCAUGAUCAAAGCAUUAAAGGAAGAGCGUGGGAUCGAAAAGAUGGCUGUUCACAACGUCGGUCAGGCUCAAUCGGGCAGAGGUACACCUAUGUUUGGCGGAUCGACACCUGAGGCACUUUCUGGAGACGAAUCUUCAUCGGCUGCAGCACGAGCAAGAGCACACCGAGACAAGUUACUGGCAUUUCAACGGGAAAAUGCCCAACGUACCAGAGUCCAUGAUGAAGCUUCCGACUACGAUAUGACUUUGGUUCCAGGUGCUACGCAGUGGAUGAGUCCAGUGCAACGUGCUGCCGCGUUGAAGAAACAGCAGCAAUACCUACGGGAGAUGGAGGAAGCUAAUCGCCCGGAGUGGGAGCAGAAGAAGACAGUCAUGUCUAUGAGCAUCAAGAACGGCAAACUGGUCAAGACGUAUGAACGUCAGAAGGUAGCGGCGUCUUCCGACCAGGCGAACGAGCCUGAGGCCGAUGACGACGAGGAGAUUGAAGGUAUAGACCAGCACUUGAGUGUCGGAGGGAAAGGUGCUUUCAGCAAAAAUCCUCUUCUCGUAAGUGGGAAGCUGAUCCGGCCACUGUGGAAAGCGCCUGAAGGAGUCAACAACGGCAAGGCGCGCGAGACAGACAGGAAGAGUGUGUGGCGAAGAGUACAGGAUGAUAACGAGGAUAACGAGCAAUGGAUCUUGGACGGAGGGUUGCAUGGGUACGGAACGGAGAGCAGGUUGAUGGAGGAUGGAAGUCAGCAAGAGUGUGGCUAAAUAUCCUACUUUAUCGUGGCAUUGUUGACACGAGCAGACCUGAAGAAUCAAG